CAAAAUUUAAGGUUAUAUUUGAUCAAAAAUUUAUAGCCCCAUCAAUGCAAUGUUUUAUUAAAUAAAUUUUUAUGUUGCAUAAUAUACAUGGGAAAUAAGAAGAAUCCUCCAAUUAUGGCGAAUAAUUUAAAGAACCACAUCCACAAUACUGCGUCUACAAAAUCAACUCAUGAUUCAAACAAUUUUGGAAUGAGGCAUUCUGAGAGUCGAGCCAAUUCUGCAAAGCCAAUUCAUCUUCGUAGACUUGAACAGGCGUUAAAUCUGCAACCCUUUUUAAAUACAUUCGAAGCAGAUGAUCAUUGUAGUGACAGUGAUAGUAGUGAUGAUAAUAAUUAUUCUGAUUCGAUUGAAAAACUAUUCAAAGAGGAGCCACAUUCAGCAAAAGACUACUACAAUUUCGAAACUGUUUCUACGAGUCGUAAAUGGUUGGCUAAUGUAUUGUCAGAAAACAUAGAUACUGGGCCUGAGGAUGCUCCAUAUAAAUGUCUGUUAAAAAUGCAUGCUUAUCAGAAAAAACUGAGGAAAAACAAGGUGAAUUUUAAUCAGUCAAUGUACUAUGGAGCUGGGUUGAUAAGUGCUGUUGAUAAUUAUCCUGAAAUCGAAAAAGAACUCCCUUUAAAUAUGAGAAAAAUGGGUAUAGCUUCACAUAAAGAAGAAACUAGAUCACCUUUUUAUGACGCAGAUAUUUUAGAUGAUAUUUCAGUGGAUGAGCCAUGUUUGGACUUAAAUCUUGAAAAUGGAAUUAAUGAAUUUCCCAACCUAGAUGGAGAUAUAGAUGAUCACAAUGGAACGCCUGAUUACUCAAAUUCAAGCAUUACAUCCAACGUUCCUCCUAUUCCACCUCCCAUGUAUGGCCUUAUGAACCAUGCUUCAUCAAAGAAGAGAGUAAAGAAAUUUAAAGAUGACGAAGCGAAACGCAAAUGGGAAGAAAUCAUGACAGUUAAAAGAAGAAAAAUGUUUACCAGUAUUGCAAAGAAAGAGAUAGGCAAACAGCAUAGAGCUAAAAGCAAUAAGCAUAAAGAAAUGUUGUUACAGUGCAAGCGAGUUGCAUCCCAUUGUGUUAAAUACGCGCGGCAGAAAGCUUUACAAUCGGCAAGAACGGUUAAGGAGCAGCAAUGGCGAAUGAAAAGACUAGCUAGAGAAAAUAUUGCCUACUGGAAACGAUCGAGGCGUUUUGAUAGGGAAGUGAAAAAACGGCUAGAAAAAGAGGCAGAAGAGCAAAGAAAAAUUGAUCAUGAAUUGAUUGAAGCUAAAAGGCAGCAAAGAAAAUUAAACUUUUUGAUAACUCAAACUGAAUUGUAUGCUCACUUUAUGUCUAAGAAAUUAGGCACAGCAUCUACAGAAGAGCAACUUAGAAUCUUAAGCCAGUUGGACGAGGAGAAUAUAUUGAAACUAACUGGUGAUGAUUAUGAUUCCGAACAAAUGAAAGAGAAAGCUAAAAGAAAUGCUCAAGAAGCAUUCCAGAGUGAGAAAGCUAGAACAAAAAAUUUUGAUCACCAAGCAAAAUCUUGCCUUACUGAAUUCGAAAAUAUUGAUGGGGAACAACCGCAGCCAAAUAUGUUUAAAGGGAAGUUGAAAGGCUAUCAGUUAAAAGGAAUGAAUUGGUUAGCCAAUUUGUAUUCUCAAGGAAUUAGUGGUAUUCUUGCUGAUGAAAUGGGUUUGGGAAAAACAGUCCAAAGCAUUGCGUUUCUUUGCCAUAUUGCUGAAAAAUAUUCUGUAUGGGGCCCAUUUUUAAUAAUAUCACCUGCGUCAACGUUACAUAAUUGGCAGCAGGAAAUUGCAAAGUUUGUUCCCGAUUUCAAAGUUGUUCCAUAUUGGGGAAAUCCUAAUGAAAGGAAAAUACUGAGACAGUUUUGGGAUCAGAAGGACAUAUAUACCAGAGAUGCUAGUUUCCAUAUUGUUAUCACUUCAUAUCAGAUUGUUAUUACUGAUAUAAAGUAUUUCAACCGGAUUAAGUGGCAGUACAUGAUACUGGAUGAAGCUCAAGCGAUUAAAAGCACUAGUUCAAUGAGAUGGAAAACCUUGCUUGGAUUUAGCUGCCGUAACAGGUUGUUGCUUAGUGGUACCCCUAUUCAAAAUAGCAUGGCAGAACUUUGGGCUCUUCUGCAUUUUAUCAUGCCAACGCUUUUUGAUUCGCAUGAUGAAUUUAAUGAAUGGUUUUCCAAAGAUAUUGAGAGUCAUGCAGAAAAUAAAACCGGAAUAGAUGAAAAACAUUUGUCUCGAUUACACAUGAUUCUGAAACCUUUCAUGCUGAGAAGGAUCAAGAAAGAUGUUGAGAAUGAACUAUCAGAUAAAAUUGAAGUGAUGGUGUAUUGCCCAUUGACGACCAGACAAAAUUUGCUUUACCUAGCAUUGAAGCAGAAAAUCAAGAUUGAGGACUUACUGCAUUAUUCAGUUGGAGGCGGCGAUUCUCAUAAUGUGGAUAAAAAUUUCACCUCAAAUCUUAUGAAUUUAGUUAUGCAGUUUAGAAAGGUCUGCAAUCAUCCAGAGUUAUUUGAGAGAAGAGAUGCGAAGUCCCCAAUGCGAAUACAGCCGAUAGUUUACAAUGUUCCCUAUCUGGUUUACAAGACGAAUGUGCGACAGGAAAUGUUUCUGAAAAUUAAUAAAAUGCUGCUUUUUAUCCCAGCAUUAAUUGCCAGGUCUUGCACUUCACCGGACAGUUUAUUUAACUUUUUACGGUUUCUUGGAAUCUCAGAAGGAGAAAUAUUUAAUAUUAUGUUGGGAAAUAUAGCAGCAAGAUGGAAAUCGUAUUUCGAUUUUGAGAAGAGAGAACACACAUUAUUUGACAGGAAGUUAUGGAAUCCCAAUUACCACUCUAGACCAAUUUUAAGCAUUAAACAGGAUUUUAAAUUAAGUAGCCAACAAAUAGAAUCUAGCAGUGUUUUAACAGAUUUGAUGUUCGUGCGCAACAUGAAGGCGAAUAGAUUAGUAUACACCCACACAGAUCAUAUGUAUCUUUCAAUGCCUGAAACUGUUGAGCACAGAAAUAUAAGAUUUAAAAAAGAGAAGUCAAGCGAAGAAGAAAAUGUCGAUAUUGAAGUUGAAAAGGUAGUUGCUCCAAUAUUCGAAUUCCCACAUGUUAAGCGACCAUCGAAACUAUUUGCUUGUGAAAAGACUGAAAUGCCUUCAUACUUAUUAUUCGCUAUGCCAAAGUGUACAGCUCCUCUAUUGAGUUCAUAUUGUUAUUCAAGAAGAGCAGCAUGGGAUUUGCAACGACAUAUAGAUGAUUAUAGUUUUAAUUCGUUAAAUUACUAUUGGUCUGAGGUUACUGGAAAUGCAUUCAGAUCUAAAUCAGUUGAUGCUUUAAAUCCUGGGCCACAGAACUGUAUUGAGAGUAUCUUGCCUGUUGGUGGCUGGUCAAAUAUUGCAAUACCCGACAAAGAAAGUUUGGUGACAGAUUCUGGAAAAUUGUUCGUCUUGGAUGGCUUAUUAAAGAAGUUGAAGGAAGGUGGACACAGAGUUCUGAUUUACUCUCAGAUGACAAAGAUGAUUGACCUACUAGAGGAAUACAUGUGGCACAGGCAUCAUAAAUACAUGAGACUGGAUGGAUCUUCGAAAAUAUCUGAAAGGAGAGAUAUGGUGGCAGACUUCCAAGCAAGAGCUGAUAUUUUUGUUUUCUUGCUUUCCACAAGAGCCGGAGGACUUGGCAUUAACCUGACUGCUGCAGAUACGGUAAUAUUCUACGAUAGUGACUGGAAUCCAACCGUCGACCAACAAGCGAUGGACAGAGCUCACAGAUUAGGUCAAACGAAACAAGUCACGGUGUAUAGGUUGAUAUGCAAAGGAUCAAUAGAAGAACGUAUAUUGCAAAGGGCAAGGGAAAAAAGCGAGAUACAAAAACUAGUCAUAAGCGGAGGAAAUUUCAAGCCCGAUACUCUGAAGCCUAAAGAAGUGGUUUCGCUUCUUCUUGAUGACGACGAAUUAGUUCAAAAAUAUCACCUUAAAGUCGAAAACAAGUCGACGCCAGAGGAAACAAGAGACGAUAAAAAGCGAAAAUUAUCUUUUAAGACAAUUCCUGCAGCGGACGCGAAGAGGGCGAAAAUGGAUCCUCCAAAUCUUAUACAAGAAAUCAGUGACCCGCCGCAGAGUCCUGUCAGUGAAAUUGAUCUUGAAGGGCCUACCGAUGAACCUGAUAUCAAUGAUGAUGAUACACUCAUUACAAAUAAAUAUACAGUCUACAACGUAUAUGGGUCAGCAGUCAGACCUAGACCAGCAGGAAGAGGUCAUACAAAGAGAGGUCGACCUAGAGGAUCUCGCUCCAGGGUUGCUGGCAAUAUAAGUCGCAAUAAUAUUCCUUUAAAUGGUCCUAUUACAGUUGGAGUAGGUUCAGCUCAAUUGAACUCAUUUGGCGAACCAUCUUCUACUCCAGACUCAGCGUCAUCAGUGUCAUCAACACAGUCUUCUCCAAGAGGCGCUGGAGAAAUUCCUUUAGAUGUUUCCGCUUUGCAUAUCCCUCCAAAUACUAGACGAGGUCCUGGUAGACCUCGACUUAGACCCUCAGGACCGGCACAUGCAGGAUCACGAGUACCACGUCCACGUAAACCCGCGCUACCUCUCCCGGUUCCUUUACCAACAGAACCUGGAGUAACUCACAUAAAUUCUGCCUAUCCUUUUUACGAUUUUCCCGAUGACGGAUCUUAAAAGGAAAAUAGGAUUAAUUUCGAGUACUUCACCGUAUCGUAUCUCUCGUCAUGUCUUUAAGUAACAUUGGUUUUUACCGCGAGUUGUGCUGCUAAGUAACUCAUUUGUAUCAGAUUAGCACAACAUGGUGGAACGGUGGAAUAACAUUAUUUUUUUGCUUAUUCAUUGACAUCGAAGUGCGCAAUGAUUAUUUUUAUUUAAUAUUUAUAAUAUUUGUUAUUUUUACACUCGGCUCUUAAAAAAAUUGUUGUUAUUUUGAUGUGUAUGCGAUAUGACGCAAUAAUUCUUUAUUAAUUUUUACUCUGUUCUAACCCGCGCUAACAAUAUUUGAAAAUAUUUUGAUUUUGAUAUAUGAUAAAUGUUGUAAUAAUUUUAGUUCUGUUAUUCGUAUGUGAUAAUCAGGAAUAAAUUCGGCAACAAAACUUUGGACUGUUGAAAUUAAAAUAAAUCUUUGCUUUCGAUCUUUCGCUAAUCCAAUUUUUAUUAGGUAAAAAAAAAUGAGGGUUACAUUUUAGGUUUGUUGUACAUAUAUACUUCUUUGCUUACUUUACUCUUAAUUUUUACACUUUUUUGUAAAUUGCUUGUAAAGCAAAUGUCAAAUUCUAAAUGUUUUUUUAGUUCUUUUGUCACUCAACAUUUGUAAACUAAUUAAUAAUCUUGGUACCUGAGAACUAAGAAGCGUUGUGCUUUGUAUAUGUGUGUUUUAGUAUCAUCAUUAUUUAUUUUGUAACAUAUGUAUACAUACAUUAGUUACUAUUAGUGUACGAGCUUUGUACAGUCUAUUAUAGUUAUCGGGAGUAACUUAAAGUAAGUACUGUUUCAAUCUGUUAUAUUUUCAACCAUCGUUUAUAUUUGCAUCUAUAACACUUUUAUCUAUCUUUAUUUAGCUUUAUGUAGCUUUUUAACAUUAUUUUAUGACACUUUACACGGACGAACAUUUCAUAAAAUACCUGUGCGCUUAAAAUAAUUUACAUUAAAGUCUGUUUUUAGUAAGAAGUAA